AAGCUAAAAUGCAUAAUCUUCUGCUCUGUAUUUUUCUUAUGUUCAACAUCUUCAAUAACAUUCUUGUUCUUGCUGAUCCACCAUACUGGAAUUGCCCUGAUGCUAACAGCAGCAACAACAGUACAUCAGAAAGUUUUUUCCAGCAGAAUGUUGACAGUCUUCUAUUUUCAAUCUCUUCAAAUGCUUCUGUCUCUAAAUUCUACAACACAUCUUCCGGAAAUGGUAGUGUUACAUCAUAUGGGCUUUACCUUUGCUACGAUUAUGUCACACUCGAGACCUGCAGGACAAGCAUGAUCAUGGCAACACAAGCAAUGCGUAGACUUUGUCCGAAUUCAUCUGAUGCAACAGUUUGGGGUGAGCAAAGUCUGCUUCAUGUAUCGAAUCAAAGAUUCUUCGGCCAUUUAGAUAUGACAGGAAAUAUCAACAAGUAUAACAAAAAAUAUGUAUCAGAACCAGAGAAGUUUAGAACAGUUGUAAACACCAGUUUACAUGAACUUGCUCUGAAGGCUGCUUAUAAUAAUACUUCCUUGGAUCAUAUGUACGCAACUCAGUCGACGCCUUUUUCAGGUGCACAGCAUGUAUAUAGUCUUGUGCAAUGUACUCUAGACCUGUCUCCAAUCGAUUGUCAACGAUGUUUGCACAAGGGUAUUGUAGAUGUUCUUGGUUCAGAAAACUAUAAAUUUCGAGGUGGAAGACUUCUUAGUAAAAGUUGUUAUCUAAGGUAUGAGUUCUACGCUUUCUAUGAAGGGGAAACGUCAGAAGAUCCUGCAAUUCAGGGCAAGUGUUCUGAAUUUGUGUUCAGUUAUACUUUGUUAAGUCAAGUAGCUCAAUUUGUUUUUAACUUUGAGAGAUUUUUUUGUUGCUAAUGAUUUUAGGUGAGAAAUGGACAGCUCGUAUUCUUUCGAUUGGGUUGGCUUGUGCCCUGGCAACUCUUGUAGGAUCUUGUGUGUUCUACAUCAUUCUAAGACGUAAAAGUCAAGCUACAAAUUUUCGAGGAAUGGACAGUCCUUUGUUUGAUUUGGCAAGUAUUCAAGCUGCCACAGAAAACUUCUCUGAAAAACACAAGCUAGGAGAAGGCGGUUUUGGUCCUGUCUUUAAGGGUGUCCUAAAAGACGGUACUAAAGUUGCUGUGAAACGACUCUCCAACACAUCUGAUCAAGGAACGGAAGAAUUCAAAAAUGAAGUUCUGCUAAUCAUGAAGCUUCAACAUAAGAAUCUUGUCAGACUGUUGGGAUUCUGUGUAGAUGGAGCUGAAAGGCUGCUUAUCUAUGAGCUUUUGUCUUCUGGUGACUUAGACUCUUGGCUUUAUGAUCCACAGAAGAGUGCACAACUUACAUGGAGCAAACGGAUUGAGAUUAUGAAUGGGAUUGCUCAAGGAAUCCUGUAUCUGCACGAGGAUUCCCGACUAAAAAUCAUACACCGAGACUUAAAACCUGGAAAUGUAUUGUUGGACUCUGAUCUGAAUCCUAAGAUUUCUGACUUUGGAAAUGCCAGAAUCUAUGGAACAACAGAAAAUGAAGCAAGCACUAUUACAGUAAUUGGUACAUAUGGAUAUAUGGCACCGGAGUAUGCAAUGGAAGGAAUGUAUUCUGUUAAAUCUGAUGUUUUCAGCUUCGGAAUUAUGCUGCUAGAGAUGAUAACAGGAAGAAAAAGCAUUGGAUUUCAUUUUACUGGAAAUGGUCCUAGCCUCCAAGCUUAUGCAUGGAAAUUAUGGAUCCAAGGAAGGUGGAAAGAAUUGAUGGAGCCAAUGUUAACAAGUAAUGAUUCGUGUGAUGUCACUACCGAGUUCUUAAGAUGCUUGCACAUAGGAUUACUAUGUGUUCAAGAGGAUCCGUCUGAACGCCCCACAAUGUCAUUCGUGGUUCACAUGUUAAAACACGAAAAUGUAAAUCUGCACUCUCCAAAACAACCUGCCUUUACUGUUGGAAGGUUUGGUGAUCACUAUGAAACAAGUUCUAGAACACCAACCCCUUUAAGAUGCUUUGCUCUUUCAGAUAUUUCAGCUCGAUGAUUCGUGAUGCAUUUGCUCACUGAUAUAGCUAGCUAGUCCUAUAUAUGGCUUUAGUUAGUUAAAUAGUUGACUCAUAGAUUAAGUGUACAAUUUUUUGAAGCUAUAUUUCGUUAGACUGUUGAAUGUAAUUGGUGAGUGAAUUUCUAUGUAAAUUGUAAAGAAUUUUCUGUUAGAUUGUAUUAGUUGUUUCUUCUCAAUUGUACAAUCUUUGUCUGAAACUAUAUAAAUA